GUGUACACGCCCCUUGCAACGGGAAAUCCUGCCUGUUCAGCAUAUCCUGAUGUGGCAAAACAGGCUGUUCCUCCUAAAGUUUAGUCCCUAACCAUUUAUUGAGCUACGUUCAUUAUAGUAGCUUACGCCAGGCAAUCACAUUCCGCUGCCACAACGACAAUUCAUAGGUACACGCUCCUUUUUCUUUGCUUUUUUUUUUUCUCUUCUCUUUCCCUGUCUCCACUUUCACUCCCCCCCCCUCCCCUCUAACCCUUCCUCUCUCUCAAGCCUCUCCUACACGUUGCUCAUUACGCGUUUCGACCUCAACUCGGACUUUCUUGCACCAAAACACACAUUCUGGACGAAACUAAUCCCUUCCCCCUUGUGCCUCGGCGCUAAACUCUACGCUUUCACAUUCCUAUAAUGAGUUCUCAAUCCUGGGCUUCGCUGUCGGGCUAUCGAGCUCUUUCAUUCCCUCAUCAAGGUCUUCCGAGCGUCCAGGACAUCCUUUCCCCCAAUGACGCCACUGCACCUUGCGGUGGGACCGUCAUGACGCCAUCAAUGGGCUAUCUUCACUCUUCUGGAAUGCCAACCGUAGACAAUGUGCAUCAUUCCCAGCAAGGGAGUCAACUUCCUCAUGGCAUGGACGCAAGCGCGCAUCAACUCCGAUACCGGGCUCUCAGUCUAACCCUAGAACGAGCUCCAACGAAGCACUCUAAACGAAUGGAUAGACGAGGUCCUCGCGAGCGCCCGUACACGUGUAUGGGGUGUGACGCUACAUUCGAUAGACCUAGCUCGCUCCGCACACACAUGUUAUCUCACACAGGCGAGAAGCCGCAUCAAUGUGCGCAGUGCCAAAGGCGAUUCUCAGUACUCAGUAACCUAAAACGCCACCAGAUAACAUGUGGACGCACUCGGCGUAGAAACUUGGCUCCGUCUCCGGAUCCUCGUGACAAUGGUCGAAGUUCGGAAGAAGGGCCGGCCUUACGGGGAGAGCAACAACAGCAGCAGCAGCAGCAGCAGCAGACUUUAAGCGCACGAGGACCCCAACAGGUCUCACCUUCUCCUGAUUCUCAAUCAGGAAUGCAGUUCCCAACUUUAGACGAUGUACAAAGUCGAAUAGGAGCAAAUAUGAACGAGCCGCCACGGGCGAGUCCCUAUCCUACUCAUCCAUCCAUCCUCACUUUCCAUCCCAGUGGUGACACGGAUCCACUUAUGAGGCCAUCUUUUAAUCAGUACAAUUCCAGUCCCACCAUCUCUUCGCAUUCUUCCGAUGCUGCAAGCACCCUGUCAGCCGCAACGUCCAUCCCUGUCAACCAUCCAUCGGCGCAUAUCGGUCCAUCAGCUCCACUUCCGCCACGCUCUCAACUCGCCCAUUCUGGACUAGCGCACACACCAGCAGUGCACCAUCGUUCACCUGACCCUACUUCGCCUAGCGGCGUGAUAACCAAUAACCCUUAUCUCCUCGGAACCGAACACUCCUUAUCUGGAUCUGUCACGAAUGACCAUCAGCCGACAUCGUCGGCAUCAAUCCAAAGUAGCAAUAGCAACAGUAACAACCUCUAUAACGCUCAUAUCCUUUCACCAACACCUCCUACUCCGCCAUCGACAAACGUCAGGUCUCCUAGAAGACGUUACACACGUGCAAGGCCAAGACCUUGGCUUCCUGCUUCUCUUUCUUGUAUGACGAACAUCCAUGAACUCCUUAAUACGGCUCAUUCGAAGAGUGCCGUUUCCAAAGCUGUGAACACCCUCAAACGUGUCCAAACGCAAUUCGCUUCGAUUCUUUGUGCACCUUUAAGACCUGUGGUGCCGUGGAGUGGGAAUGGGAAUGGGGGUGUGGGUAUGAGCGUGCCAGAUGGCGGUGGCGGUGGCGGGGGUGGCGGUGGUGGUGGUGGGUAUGGUGGAUGGAACUUGGAAGAGAGGAACAGUUAUGCGCCUGGUGCCCCUCGUGAACCAUACCAUCCCAGGGAAUGGAGGGAUGGUGUGUCGACGUUACCCGGACCGAGGCCUUUGGCUCCGGAAGAACUUGCAAGGCAAAGUAAGAAAGGAGCCAAGCUUGGUCAUUGAGUUUGGUUUGUUUGUUUGUUUUCUUUUGAUGAUGAUGAGCAUGUUUUCAGACUGAUUCACUAUCUUCUCGUGCAUGAAUGAGGGAGGAGGCUGUUCUUGUUCCUUUGUUUGUUUGUUUGUUUGUUUUUUCCUGCCCUUCAAUGUGUGUGUGGUUUACCAUUAUCUCUUUUCCUUACCUACGAACGCACUUGGAUAAAUGAUUGAUGGAAAGAAACUUUUGGAGCUUGAUAUUGAACUACUUUUUUUCGAUCGAGAGGGGUCUCGUAUACGUCAUCGACCAAGG